UCUGCGGCAGCGGAACCGGGACCCGAGCGGGAGCGCGAAUCUGCGGGAGCGGAGCGGCGGACCCAUGACCCCGGCGGAGGAGCCGGUGCCGGUGCCGGUGCUGCGGCUGCCGCGGGGCCCGGACGGCCGCGGCCGCGGGUUCGAGUCCCGCCGGCGGCACCCUGCGCGGGGGGAGGCGGAGGCGCAGCGGGCGCGGGCGCGGCUCCGGCGCCGGUUCCUGCGGGCGCUGGCGGCCGCCCGGGGCCGCCCCGCGCGGUUCUGGCUCCGCGCCGGGGUCCGCGUGGACGCCACGUUCGGGGCCGCGGACCGGGAGGCGGCGGCGCUGCUGGUGGAGGCGCUGCGGACCCCGCUGGGGCUGCAGGAGGCGGCGCUGCUGCGCGGCCCCGACGUGCUCUGCUUCCGCUUCCCGCUGCCGUGAGCAGCGCCCCCGGGGGGAUCCAUUGUGUCCUACGAGAGAUCCCCUGUGCCCUAUGAGAGAUCCAUUGUGUCCUACGAGAGAUCCACUGUGUCCUAUGAGAGAUCUAUUGUGUCCUAGGGGAGAUACAGGGUGUGCUGUGGGAAUCCAUUGUGCCCUAUGAGACAUCCAGUGUGCCCAAUGAGAGAUCUGUUGUGUCCUA